AUGACGAAAAUCUUUAUCACAGGAACAACAGGCUACAUCGGAGGCGACAUCCUCUACGCCCUCGAGAAAGCCCACCCAGAAUAUGAAAUCACUGCCCUCGUGCGGAACAGUGAUAGCGGCGCGAAGGUCGCUGCUGCGUAUCCCAGCGUCCGGUUUGUCUACGGUAACUUAGAGAGCUCGGAGCUGCUUGAAGAGGAAUGUGCCAAAGCUGAUCUCGUGAUCCACACCGCCGAUGCAUCGGAUCACCCUGGUGCCGCCAAAGCGAUCGCAAAGGGUCUUGCUGCCGGUCAUUCAAAAGAGCACCCAGGUUUCUGGCUUCAUACCUCAGGAGCCGGUAUCCUAACCUGGAAAGACGCCGACUCCCACACUUCCGGCGAACCCCCUUCUCAGCAGCCUUACGAUGAUCUUGAUAGAGUAGCCGAUCUCACGGGUCUCCCGGAUACUGCCUUUCACCGGGAUGUCGACAAGAUCGUCCUGGCAGCGGCAUCAGACGCCGUCAAAACUGCCAUCAUCUGCCCGCCAACUAUCUAUGGCCCUGGGCGUGGUCCAGGAAACAAGAAGAGUAGACAGGUGUAUCUCUUGGCGAAGGUCACCCUCGAGCAGGGGCAAGCUCCUCAGCUAGGCAAGGGGUUGACCGAGUGGGACAAUGUCCAUAUUCACGACCUCGCUGAUUUGUUUGUACUUCUCGUUGAAGCUGCUGCCGCAAAAAAGCCCGAGUUGGACGUACAUCUUUGGGGCAGGGAAGGCUACUUCCUUGCAGAGAAUGGACACCAUGUCUGGGGAGAAGUGAGCAAGCAAGUCGGUGAGUAUGCAUUUAAGCAGGGCUAUAUCAAGGAGAAAAGCGUGAAGCCUAUGAGCCCCGAGGAGGCGAAAAAGGUCGCUGGGCUUGAGGGUGCUUCUUGGGGGCUUAAUUCCAAGGGGUUCGCAAAGAGAGCGAGGAAGUAUUUGGGUUGGAGUCCGAAGGGCAAGAGUUUGGAGGAGAUUAUUCCUGACAUUGUGGACGCGGAAGCUGAGCUUCAGGGGAUCAAGAAGAGGCAUGCUGAGGAGGUUUCGGGGGCAAAAUAG